AUUUCUCUAGAGAGAGAAGAGUGUAGAGAGAGGAAGUAGAAAGAGAAAGGGAGACUAGAGAGAGAAAGUAGAUAGGGAAAGAGUGUUCCCAUCUGAGCUCGUUUCCCCUUCUCUCUCUCUCUCUCGGCGACUUGGUGUCUUCUAAGUUCUAAAUUUCUUCUCUGCAAUCGAUCUCUCUGCUCGUUUUCAAGAUCUGCUGAUAUAUUUGGUGAUUUUUGUUCAUCUGGGUUUGAAGAGGGGGUAGUUACAAUGUCAUCUCUCAGUAGAGAGCUUGUGUUCCUGAUCUUACAGUUUCUCGAUGAGGAAAAGUUCAAAGAGACUGUUCACAAGCUUGAACAAGAAUCUGGCUUUUUCUUUAACAUGAAGUAUUUUGAGGAUGAAGUGCAUAAUGGGAACUGGGAUGAGGUUGAGAAGUAUCUCUCUGGUUUCACCAAAGUAGAUGACAAUCGUUAUUCAAUGAAGAUAUUUUUUGAAAUAAGGAAACAGAAAUAUCUUGAAGCAUUGGAUAAACAUGACCGGUCCAAGGCCGUAGAUAUCCUUGUGAAGGACCUUAAAGUGUUUGCCACAUUUAAUGAAGAGCUUUUCAAAGAAAUCACUCAGCUCUUAACACUAGAGAAUUUCAGGGAAAAUGAGCAACUGUCCAAAUAUGGAGAUACAAAGUCCGCAAGAGCUAUAAUGUUGGUUGAACUCAAGAAGCUUAUUGAAGCGAAUCCCUUAUUCCGUGAUAAAUUGACAUUUCCAAACCUAAAAAAUUCACGGUUGCGAACUCUUAUCAACCAAAGCUUAAAUUGGCAGCACCAGCUUUGUAAAAACCCAAGGCCAAAUCCUGAUAUAAAAACUCUCUUUGUGGAUCACUCUUGUGGACAACCAAAUGGUGCACGCGCUCCAUCCCCUGCUAACAAUCCCUUGCUAGGGUCCUUACCUAAGGCUGGAGGGUUUUCUCCCCUAGGUGCACAUGGGCCUUUUCAACCUACAGCUGCACCAGUUCCAGCUCCCCUUGCAGGUUGGAUGUCCAAUCCUCCUACUGUAACCCAUCCAGCAGUUUCUGGAGGAGCCAUGGGCCUUGGAGCUCCAUCAAUCCCAGCUGCUUUGAAGCAUCCGAGAACUCCUCCAACUAAUCCUUCUGUAGACUAUCCUUCUGGAGAUUCAGAACAUGUUUCCAAAAGAACAAGGCCCAUGGGGAUUUCUGAGGAGGUAAAUCUGCCUGUUAAUGUGUUGCCAGUAUCAUUUCCUGGUCAUGGUCAUAGUCAGGCAUAUAAUGCACCAUAUGACUUGCCAAAAGCUGUUGCACGAACUUUGAAUCAGGGAUCAUCCCCUAUGAGCAUGGAUUUUCAUCCUGUUCAACAAACAUUACUUCUAGUUGGUACCAAUGUGGGGGACAUUGGGCUCUGGGAAGUUGGAUCUAGGGAAAAAUUGGUUUCAAGAAACUUCAAAGUUUGGGAUCUUGGUGCUUGUUCAAUGCCCCUGCAGGCAGCACUUAAAGAUCAGGCUGUGUCUGUCAACCGCAUAAUUUGGAGCCCUGAUGGUUCUUUAUUUGGGGUUGCAUACUCAAGGCACAUUGUACAAAUAUAUGCUUAUCAUGGGGCUGAUGAUGUACGGCAACACCUGGAGAUUGAUGCACAUGUUGGAGGAGUAAAUGAUCUUGCAUUCUCGCACCCCAAUAAACAACUUUGUGUAAUAACCUGUGGCGAUGACAAGACCAUCAAGGUUUGGGAUGCAAGUACAGGUGCAAAACAAUAUACUUUUGAGGGUCAUGAUGCUUCUGUUUAUUCUGUAUGCCCUCAUUAUAAAGAAAACAUCCAGUUCAUAUUUUCCACUGCACUGGAUGGAAAGAUAAAAGCAUGGUUAUAUGACAAUAUGGGAUCUCGAGUUGAUUAUGAUGCUCCUGGCCGCUGCUACACGACAAUGGCUUACAGUGCUGAUGGCACAAGGCUGUUUUCAUGUGGAACUAGUAAAGAUGGGGAGUCAUAUAUUGUUGAAUGGAAUGAAAGUGAAGGUGCAGUUAAAAGAACCUAUCAGGGAUUCCGAAAACGUUCCUUGGAAGUAGUGCAAUUUGAUACAACUAAAAACCGGUUUUUAGCUGCUGGUGAUGAUUUCUCAAUUAAAUUUUGGGAUAUGGACAACAUUCAACUUUUAACAAGUAUUGAUGCUGAUGGAGGCCUUACAGCAAGUCCACGUAUUCGCUUCAACAAGGAUGGCACUCUACUGGCUGUUUCUACUAAUGAUAAUGGCAUUAAAGUUUUGGCAAAUUCUGAUGGUCUGCGGUUAUUGCGCACAUAUGAAAAUCUUUCUUAUGAUGCCUCAAGAGCAUCAGAAACAGUCGCCAAGCCAGCAAUAAACACAAUUUCAGCUGCUGCCGUGGCCGCUGCUGCCGCUACUAGUGCUGGACUUGUGGACAGAGGUGCCUCUGUGGUUGGUAUUGCUGGAAUGAAUGGCGAUGCAAGAAGUUUGGCAGAUGUGAAACCUAGAUUAACUGAAGAAGCCAAUGACAAAUCAAAGAUUUGGAAGCUGACUGAAAUUAAUGAACCUUCUCAGUGUCGUUCAUCAAGGCUUCCAGAAAACUUGAGAAUAACCAAGAUAUCCAGGUUAAUCUAUACAAAUUCAGGUAAUGCUAUUCUAGCAUUAGCCUCAAAUGCCAUUCAUCUGCUUUGGAAAUGGCAGCGAAGUGACCGAAACACAAGUGGCAAGGCAACAGCUAAUGUUCCUCCUCUGUUAUGGCAACCAUCAAGUGGCAUUUUGAUGACAAAUGACAUUGCUGACACAAAUCCUGAAGAGGCUGUGCCCUGCUUUGCUUUGUCUAAGAAUGAUUCUUAUGUGAUGUCAGCAUCAGGAGGAAAGAUUUCCCUAUUCAAUAUGAUGACUUUUAAGACAAUGACAACUUUCAUGCCUCCACCGCCUGCAGCAACAUUUCUUGCUUUUCAUCCUCAGGAUAACAAUAUAAUUGCUAUUGGCAUGGAUGAUUCAACGAUCCAAAUUUAUAAUGUGCGAGUAGAUGAGGUUAAAAGCAAGCUUAAAGGCCACUCUAAAAGAAUUACUGGCCUUGCUUUCUCACAUAUAUUGAAUGUGCUGGUUUCAUCUGGAGCAGAUGCUCAGCUUUGUGUGUGGAACUCCGAUGGAUGGGAAAAGCAGAAGAGCCGAUUCCUGCAGGUUCCAAGUGGGAGGACACCAGCAGCACAAUCAGAUACACGUGUACAGUUUCAUCAGGACCAGAUGCACUUCCUAGUUGUACAUGAGACUCAGCUUGCCAUAUAUGAAGCAACAAAACUAGAAUGUGUGAAGCAGUGGGUCCCGCGUGAGUCUUCUGCUCCAAUCUCCCAUGCAACAUUCUCAUGUGAUAGCCACCUGGUGUAUGCUAGCUUUUUAGAUGCAAGUGUCUAUAUAUUUAAUGCUGCAAAUCUCCGACUACGAUGUCGCAUUAAUCCUUCUGUUUAUCUUCCAGCUAGUGUCAGCAAUUCUAAUGUAUACCCGCUUGUCAUUGCGGCACAUCCACAAGAAGUAAAUCAGUUUGCAUUAGGACUGUCAGAUGGUGGGGUUCAUGUCUUUGAGCCCCUUGAAUCUGAAGGCAAAUGGGGGGUGCCGCCACCUGUGGAAAAUGGGUCAGCAAGUAGUGUGCCAGCUACGCCUUCAGUUGGUGCUCCAGGUUCAGAUCAACCACAAAGAUAAUUAAUGGAUGCCAGAGCACAAGUUCUUUUACAUGCUUUGCUUGCUGGCCCAUUUCAAAUUUAGUUUGAGAUAAUGUAAUUUACUGAAGUCAACAUGCAGAGGCUUAAGACCUAACAUGUUGGGAAAAAAAUUCAUGUAAGGUAAAUGCUUUAGGAGUUUUCGUAUAAAAAUAUGUUGUUGGCUCACUUCAUAGUAAUUUCUUUGAGCAGGUUCCAAAUUUUUCAGGACAUCUUUUGUUGAUUACUUGAGUGCUAAUGCUGUUAUGUGGCAUGUUGCAUUGUGGUCUGAAAUUUCUACUUAAAAUAUGCUUUUCAACAUUGCUUAA